AUGUUCAAAUCCAUUCAACAAGCCGACGAUGUUCUCCGAGAAGAGAUCAAAGCCUUUUUGGUCCUUGAAUCAGAACCUCAACUCUUGAACAGUCAUACCAAGGUACAAGAAAGAUACUAUCUUACAAAGGAAGAUCAACAAUGUCUUCGAGACUUGCGGAUCACGGAUCCUCGUGCUGACAGGAUCCGCAUCGAAGACACUCAAGGAGGAUUGCUGCAAGAGUCAUACCAAUGGAUCCUUGAAAACCCGCAAUUCAAGACUUGGCGCGACAGUAACGAGAACAGUUUGAUUUGGCUCAGGGGCGAUCCCGGAAUAGGAAAGACAAUGCUUUUGUGCGGUCUCGUCCAAGAGCUGAUGCAACAAUCGGCUCCGUGCCUGGUCACGUACUUCUUCUGCCAGGCCACGAUCCCAACCAUCAACAACCACAUAGCAGUUCUGCGUGGUCUCAUGUGGCUCCUAGCAGAGCAGCGGCCUUCUCUCAUAUCCCAUAUUAGAAAGGCAUACGACGCUGCUGGAAUGAGCGUCUUCGACGAGGGGAAUGCCUGGGACACCUUGUCCAACAUUUUCAGGAACAUGCUGGCUGAUGAUGACCUGCCACCUGUUUGCAUCAUUAUUGACGCCCUUGAUGAAUGCACCACGGGCGUGGCGGAACUCUUGGACUUCAUUCAGGAAGCAUCAUCCCUGCCAAAUGUCAAAUGGAUGGUGUCGAGUCGCAACAGGACUGACGUCGAGGAAAAGAUGCAUCAGGGAACGUGUCUCAGCCUUGAGAUCAAUGCCACGCUGGUGAAGGCUGCCGUUGAAGCAUACAUCUCCCAAAAAAUGUCCCAGAUGCCCUUCCUCAAUCAGGAGUACGAACUCAGGAGAGAGGUCUGCCGCCGGAUGGAAGAAAAGGCGAACGGCUCAUUUCUCUGGGUUGCAAUCGUCAUUCAAGCACUAAACUCCAGAAGCUAUGCUCAUUGCGACGGCAUCUCUGAGAUGCUGGAUCUACUGGACCAGAUGCCCGAAGAUCUGUCUAAACUCCGUGAGAUCAUGUUGCAGCAAAUCUUUCAGUUGGAAGGCAGGGAUCCCGAGCUUUGCCGAGCUAUUCUGGCGACUGUGACAUUGGCGCAUCGGCCCUUGCAUCUUGAUGAGCUUUCAUGUCUGGUAGGCUUCGAGGGCGACCCGAGAAGGCUGCCUCAUGUGACAGAGCUCGUCAAUGUCUGCGGUUCGUUCUUAACCAUCCGAGAAGACGUCGUCUACUUUAUACAUCAAUCUGCAAAGGAUUAUCUGUCUGGUCCUUCGCCACGACCUGUCAUUUUCCCAUUGGGGGAAGACAAGAUUCAUCACAACAUGGUUACCCAUUCGUUGAAUGCCAUGGCGCGUACCCUGCAGGAGGACAUAUACCGACUCGGCCACCUUGGAAUUCUCAUUGAUGAGAUUAGUCCACCAAAUCCCAGUCCUCUACGUAGAGUACUCUAUUCCUGCACCUACUGGGCAGCCCAUAUCUGCCAAGUAGCUUCCCGUCGGGACAAAAGCCUCUUCGAUGACGAAAAAGUCCUAGGCUUCUUCAAGGCGCACUUCCUCCAUUGGCUUGAGGCGCUGAGUCUCACACGCAACCUGCCAAGCAACAUCGGUCACAUCAAAAGACUCAGCGAAUUGCUCAAGACUCCAGCGAGAGACGAGCUUCAAGCGUUUGUUCGCGAUGCAAGUCGGUUUCUGCAAUACCAUGCUCAUAUCAUGGAGAAUGCUCCGUUGCAGAUAUAUGUAUCUGCGCUCCUAUUCAGCCCUACGGAAAGUCUCAUACGAACGUGCUGUGACGGCAAGCUAUCAGCUUGGAUACUCAUGAGCCCUAAUGUGGGAAGGGUAUGGAGCCCUUGUCUUCAUGUCGUCGAGGCCAACGAAUCGACAACAAUGGACUCUAGUGGUACGACUCUUUUGAUAAUGAACAAAAAGUCUCGAGAUGUCGAGAUCUGGGACAUUGCCACAGGGAGGCGGUCCCAGGUACUCAGCCAUGCGGAGACCGUCCAUUACGCCAGGUUCUUGAGAGACUCGGGACGCAUUCUCACCUUCACGGAGCGCCUGAGUAGUUCCUGGGAUGCAGUUUCUGGGGCUCUUAUCAGUGUAAGCAGCAUCCAUGACCUGCACCUUGACUGGCGCACUGUCUCGGUUUCGGAAGAUGGGAGGCUUGUAGCGUCACGUGAAGGAGGCGCACAAGUUGUCAAAAUAUGGGAUACAGCCACGGGCCAGAUACAACACCAGCUGCGUUGGGGUUGCUUGCGAAUGUGCAAUGGGGACUUUAAGCCGUGCUUUGACGUCGAGUCGCCGUACAUUCUCACGCAGUGUGGCUCUAUACACUUGGACAAGCUCAUUGCGCAAGCCAACGAUCUUCAGUCGGCACACGACUACCAACGCCUCACUGAGGGCUACGGUCUGACUUAUGAUGGCUCAUGGGUGACUUGGAACGGACAGAACAUUAUAUGGUUACCACCGGGCUAUCGACUCAGAGGAAAGAGAGUGAUUUCUCAAACUUGCUUUGUUCUGCAGAUGCUUGAUUCAGCAGAACCUUUCAUCAUUCGCUUUUCUGGCCCCCCUCCUUUCAGACUUAGGUAUUGA